ACACACACUUUCAUACACCGAUUAUCCUGUGGAUCCCCAUACACUUCGCCAGAAGACCCUCUUCUUCUUUUCUCCUCAGAUCCACCCUCUUUCUAUCUAUUUAUCUCUCAGGCCAUUUCACUGGUUGGAUCUCAUAUAAUUUUCCGAAAGUUGAGAAUAAAUAAAAAAUGGUGAAGAUUUGUUGUAUUGGAGCUGGUUAUGUUGGGGGGCCAACCAUGGCCGUGAUUGCACUGAAGUGCCCAUCAGUCCAAGUGGUCGUUGUUGACAUCUCUGUACAGAGGAUCAAUGCUUGGAACAGUGAUCAUCUCCCCAUUUACGAGCCAGGCCUUGAUGAUGUAGUGAAGCAAUGCAAAGGGAAGAACCUCUUUUUUAGUACUGAAGUGGAGAAACAUGUUUCAGAGGCAGAUAUUGUCUUUGUUUCAGUUAAUACUCCGACCAAAACCCAAGGCCUUGGGGCCGGAAAAGCUGCUGAUCUGACCUAUUGGGAGAGUGCUGCCCGUAUGAUUGCUGAUGUAUCGAAAUCUGACAAAAUUGUUGUUGAGAAAUCAACAGUUCCUGUUAAAACUGCCGAGGCAAUAGAAAAAAUUCUGACCCAUAACAGCAAAGGCAUCAAUUUUCAAAUUCUGUCCAACCCAGAGUUCCUUGCCGAAGGAACCGCAAUAGAAGACCUUUUCAAGCCUGACCGUGUCCUCAUUGGAGGCCGGGAGACCCCAGAAGGAGCGAAGGCAGUCAAAGCAUUGAAAGACGUUUAUGCCCAUUGGGUCCCGGAAGAUAGGAUUAUUUGCACUAAUCUCUGGUCUGCUGAGCUCUCCAAGCUUGCAGCCAAUGCUUUCUUGGCACAGAGGAUUUCUUCGGUUAAUGCCAUGUCAGCGUUAUGUGAAGCAACAGGUGCUGAUGUCACCCAAGUUUCACAUGCUGUCGGUAAAGACACAAGAAUUGGACCCAAGUUCCUCAAUGCUAGUGUGGGUUUUGGCGGAUCUUGCUUCCAAAAGGACAUCUUGAACUUGGUUUAUAUUUGCGACUGCAAUGGCCUUCCCGAGGUUGCAAAUUACUGGAAACAAGUCAUUAAAGUAAAUGACUAUCAAAAGACCCGAUUUGUGAACAGGAUCGUUUCGUCCAUGUUCAACACCGUCUCAGGCAAGAAAGUCGCUGUUUUGGGAUUUGCAUUCAAGAAAGAUACUGGUGACACGAGAGAGACCCCGGCUAUCGAUGUGUGUAAAGGGCUAAUCGGGGACAAAGCCAAGUUGAGCAUAUACGACCCACAGGUUUCUGAAGAACAGAUACAGAGGGAUCUUUCAAUGAAGAAGUUUGAUUGGGAUCAUCCGACUCAUCUUCAACCUAUGAGUCCGACUGCAGUCAAGGCACUCCAGGUGGUUUGGGAUGCUUAUGAGGCAACCAAGGAUGCUCAUGCUGUUGCAAUUAUGACCGAGUGGGAUGAGUUCAAAACACUUGAUUACCAGAGGAUUUACGAUAAUAUGCAGAAACCCGCUUUUCUAUUUGAUGGUCGGAAUAUUGUGGAUGUUGAGAAGCUGAGGAAGAUUGGUUUCAUUGUUUACUCCAUUGGUAAGCCAUUGGACCAAUGGCUCAAGGACAUGCCUGCCGUGGCUUAAAGAACACAAAGAACGCAAAUCAAUGUGGGAAUGGCUUCUGAGCAGUUUUUUUAUUUUUAUUUUUAUUUUAUUUUUUAGUAUAUGAGAGGAAGUUUUAAUGCACAAUAUGUGUUUUUAAUUUACCCUUUUUAUUACUAUUAUAGCUUUGAGUUUAUGCUGUUCUAGAACAUUUGUUUGGUACUGUCAUGAGUUCUAUGGCAUAGUAGCGUCUUAAUUUUUGUAUUAGUGGAAAAUCUGAAAUUGUUUUUUGAUAGUGUAGUGUAAUAAGUCACAACUCAAUCACAUAUCUUUGUAUCCCAUUUACUAAUAACACUAUGAAA